ACGGGAAACCGUCACCGUCGAGGGAAGAAAACUGCUUCCAGUGAAUUGAUUGCCCUCUGCACCAUUGAGGAAAAGUUGUGACCACCGCCAUCCAGUUGGUGUGAAUGGUGUGAAGAAAAAGGAUUAAGCGACCGUAACUAAAGCCUCUCCUGUUAAUUAAUCAAACCAUUAUGCGAUGAUUAUACGCGCUAGUGCGACUCCGACGACGACGACGACGACGACUAGGACGACCUCCUCAAGUUUCGCGUCCUCUUCCAAGCUCCUCUGCCAUCAUCGAAUCAACGCCGAUCCUGCCAGCAGUCAUUACCGUCAUCAUCGAUACCAUCAGUGGAAAGUCGUAGAGCGUGACCAACCGACACCAGAAUGGCCACCACUGCCCGGAGUACGUCGGUCAUUUUCGGAGUGGCCCUGCUACUACUGGGCUUCCUGAAAGAGGUGAUGGCUGUAAAAAACUACACCCUAAAACCACGAGUGGUUCUUCCUGAAGACUAUGUUAAAGAGGUGAGGCCACCGUCCAAGAAGGGCACUCCAGUGGUAGUCGAGUUUAGCAUAUUCGUCGUCGACAUCAACUCGAUCAACGUGGAGGACAUGGACUUCAGAGUAGAUAUGUUUGUGCACCAGAAGUGGGUCGAAUCGCGGCUGGAUUUGCACGAUGACAUCUUUGAGGAGGGUGACGAUCACGUUAUACUUCCGCCCGAGUUUUUCGACAACCUCUGGCAGCCGGAUCCGUACUUUCUGAACUCGAAAAUUUCAGAAAUCGCAACCCUGACGCACAAGUUCUCCUCGGUAACGCUGUACAAAAAUUCAACGGUCCGGUACGCGUGUAUGAUGCACGCGAUCAUCGCCUGCCAGAUGGAGUUCCAGCUGUACCCGAUGGACAUCCAGAUCUGUCCGAUCUACAUCGAGAGCUUUUCCUACCACAAUCAGAAGAUUCGGCUCAAGUGGGCCGACAACGGGGUCACCAUCAACCCGGAGCUCAAGCUGCUGCAGUACAACCUGGGUCAGCCACUGCAGCUGGAGGAGACCGACGGGUACAUGCCGGAAAAGUACGGAAACUUUUCCCGCCUGGCGGUGUACUUCCGGUUCGAGCGCCAGAUUGGCCACCAUCUGAUCCAAACCUUCGCUCCGUCCACGCUGGUAGUGAUGCUGUCCUGGUUCAGCUUCUGGCUCGGCCUGGACGCCAUCCCGGGCCGGGUAACGCUACUGGUGACCUGCAUGCUCACCCUCGUCACCAUGUUCACCGGAAUGCGGGCGGACAUCCCGCCGGUGGCAUACGUUAAGGCCCUGGACCUCUGGAUGGCCGGCUGCAUGAUGUUCGUGUUCUCCGCGCUGGCCGAGUUUGUGGUGGUCAAGGUGCUGGACGUCCAGUACCAGUACCAGGUGAACAAGGUUCCGAAGGUGCUUCCGAUGCGAAUCAGUGCCAUGGAGAAGGGCCAGUGUGCGACGGUGGCCAACUGGGAGGGCGGAACGGUGAGCGUCCGACCGCGGAAAUCAACCCAAACUCCGACCACCCCCGGCCAGGUGUCCCUGCAGGGUAACGGAGGUCCACAGCCACCGUCGGCGAAGCAACCCACGCGGCGGCAAAGUAUCCUGUCGGUGGCCUGGACCGACACCGAUACCGGCAUCGAGAAGAUCAUGUGGCGCGAAAUCGACAAAAUGUCCCGCGUGGUGUUUCCGGUGCUGUUUCUGGUGUUUCUCAUACUCUACUGGCCAAUACUGAUCUUUAAAACGUCCUGAUCGGCGUCACAUUCCAGACCGUCGUAGAGUGUUUUAAAACAUGCAGUUCAGUCUCUUAAGUUGUGUUAUCUAAAACUGAAUCUUCAUCCUUUCCUUUCCUCUCCAGCACCUAAGAUUAAGACAACUCGUUUGCGUAUCUCACAUAUAUAAUCAUUAUGAAAUUUAAAGCGUAGCUCAUCACUGACUUUUUGAAUUAAUUUCAUUUUGAAAUUUAAUCGUGAGUAAUUUACCACCAAUCCCGGAAAUGGAUUUUACUUAUAUUUAUGGAUUUGGCUCAAACUUUGAGGGGGCCUUCCCUGUAACCAAAGAAGUAAUUUUGUGUCAUUUGUUCAACUAUGGUCCCCUUGGAACGAGCUGUCAAGUAGGACCUUUUCUGUCAAGAAGAACCGAUAAGUUAUUUUUUUUUAAAU